AUGCUCACAAUCUUUCAGGCGCGUUCCCUGCUUGUACUUUUGACAGUUGCCAUCCACCAUCAAGCCCAUGGCUCUCCCCAAGCAUCUCCACCAGGGCAACCUCUCACAAAAGCUGAUCCGCAAACCAAUACUCUCAGCGCGGCUACGAGUACUUAUUUUGGGUGGUCGUCUUGGAGCUUGCAAGCUAACAAGGGCAAGGGCUAUGGAUACGACUGGCUAAACGAAAAAAACAUCAAAGCCCAGGCGGAUGUAAUGUUCAAGGAGUUUUCUCAUUUAGGCUAUGAUCGGAUCAAUUUAGACUCAGGCUGGCAAGAUGACGCAGUCGACAAGUACGGUAGAACAGUACUGAACCAUGACAAGUUCCCAAGCGGAAUCGAACAUUUAUCGAGCUAUCUAGCCCAGAGGAAGCUCAAGCUGGGUCUAUUCUACCUGCCGGGGAUAGAUUCCAGAGCGGUUAACGACCAAGCCGUAGUAAUGAACACCAAAUACACCGCCAAUCAAAUCAUACAAUGCCCGGAUAGAGAAGCUUUAGGAUGUAAUCGAAUGAUGCCAAAUGCUUUUAAUACUGGUUUGGCAUUGAAUUACAGUCACCCAGGUGCCCAGAUGUAUAUCAACAGCGUGGUCGAUGGCCUCUACAGCUGGGGUGUUAGUUUUGUGAAGUUGGCUGGCGUCGUACCUGGCUCCGGAGUGGACCCAGUCGAAUGGUGGAAAUAUAAUACCACAGGCGACCUGAUGGCCUGGAGGAAGGCCAUCGACGAUAUGUAUCAACAGAAGUGGCAGAAACAGGGUCGAGAACCAAUUUGGUUGGCGGUUAGUUGGAAAAUCCCAACCGUUGCCGGUUCGACCAUGGAUAAAUACGCAGACAGCUUCCGAAUCGAACAGGAUAUUGAGGCAUACGUCGGGACAAUGACAACAAGUUUUUACCGGGUCAUCAGAAGUGUCAAGACAUCCGCACUCUGGUCCUCUGUUGACGCAAACCGUGAAUGGAAAGGAAUCCGGGACCUCGAUUCGAUCCUAAUCAGCGACAUGACGGUGGCCGAGUGCAAGACUAUGAUCACCAUCUGGGCGAUGUCUGGCUCGGUAAUCUACCUGGGAGAUGAUCUAACAAAAUUACCGGAGGCUAGAAAGGCGUUGGUGAAGAACCCCGAAGUGCUCAAGGUAGCAAUUAUAGCAUCCACCAAGCAAGCUAGAUUAGACGGAUAUGAUCCCAAAGCCUAUGGCACUCGAACAACCACUGCGCAACCAUUAGGCCAGCGGUUGAACUCGGUAGACCAGCUUGGAGUUAACGAAGUCACAGAAGCUUACCAGAUAAUUGCCAGUGAUUGUGACGAAAUGGCCCUAAAACGCCAAUUGGUAGUCGAGUCCGGCUUGAAACAAAAAGUCGACAACUCCGACAAUCUCUACCAGUCUUGCAUGAAAGCUAGCGCAAACGAAAAAUCGACCCAUCUCCGAACGCGCUCGACCACUGAGUCUGAGGGUGUAAACCCCGAUCCAUGGAUUCUCCAAACUUGGGUACUCGAGCAGGGUCAAGGUGAUAUCUACGUGGCAGUUGUUAAUGCCGGUGAACAAAUCGAUGAGGAUAAACCAGCCAAGGUACAGAUUAGCUUGAGCAAGCUGAAGACCCUCCAAAAGAGUCCGAGAAUAAAACAAAUGACCCGAGUGCGAUACGCAGUGCGCGACUUGUGGGCCAACAAAAACUUGAGCAAUGUCGCUUUCCAAGGCGCCAUCGAUGCCACCCUAGAAACUCAUGGUCCUAUUUUAUUAAAAUUCAGUCCAAUCUUCCCCCUUAAUUAG